AUGACCCGAGUCGCUCCAAGCACAGAUGCCCAGGUCCUCAUUGUAGGUGGAGGUAUUGGAGGCCUGACAUUGGCAGGUAUCUGUAAAAAGCUUGGAAUCAGCUACAAGGUGCUCGAACGCAGUGCCGAAAUCACCCCCGUCGGCGCAGGGAUCUCCCUUGCACCAAAUUGCCUACGUAUCCUGGACCAGCUUGGACACAUGAGCGCAAUCAGACGCAAAGGACAGCCUCUUCGCAAGAUCCAAAUAUUCCGCGACAAUACCUUGUGGAGUGUCGUUGACUGGGAAUGGAUUGAGGGCAAAUUUGGGUACAGCGUCUACUCUAUUGAAAGACAUUCAAUGCACAAAGCCCUCUAUCAGGGCGCAGGGCCAGAGAAUGUUCUACUCAAUGCAGAGGUUGUCGAUAUUGAAGAUCUGCCCACUGAGCCUACGGUCAAGGUGCGCCUGGCCGAUGGUCGAAUAAUAACUGGUGAAGUAGUGGUGGGCGCAGAUGGCAUUAGAUCAGCAACCAGACGCAUUUUGGCUGAGAAAGACGGACUGGAUGGCACCCACACCAUCCGCUUUACUGGUCGUACACACAUGACUGGUUACACCCAUCCCUUGCAACAUUUGAGCUCGCAGGACCUGGGAGUGGCUACUUGGGUUUUUUACGAUGAUGCCAUUCUAACUUCGUGGCCAUGCAUUGAAAACAGACAAUGUCGGUCAAGCUGGAAAGGAGCCUCGAAGGAAAUGAUCAAUGAUAUCUAUGGCGACCGAUUUCAUCCGUUUGUGGUGGAUAUGGCCGAACGCGUGACAGCUAGUGACGUGUUCGAAGAGACGGCAUUUCCCCCCAUGGCUACUGGACGGGUAGCCCUUGUGGGCGACGUUCCCAUUGACUCAAUGAUGCAUUACCAGGGCGCAUGCCAAGCAAUUGAAGACGCAGGCGAGUUAGCCAAUGUGCUCAACUCGUACUUCCGUGAUCGUUCAGGCCACCCGCAGGCGCUGCAGAUGCGUCUGAAAGAAUACCGCCAACGCAGGGAAGAGAGGGCCCGCUACGUGUUCGAAUUCUCCAGUACUUUUGCCUCCCUGCACACCGGCAAAAUGGCUUAUGGAUUGGGGCCGCUGCUUCGCAGGGUUGCAUUUACCUGGGCCCCAUUAUGGUGCUGGGAUCGUGCACUCACCCCCUUGUAUGGCUACCAGCCUCACGUCGAGGCACUGGCGGAGGAUUCGGGUUAG